AUGUUCUCGCGAUCAACACGGCGCUUGGCCAGCCAGCUACGACCCCUACGAUCUUUAUCUAUCCCUGCAUCACAAGCUCCCUCGAGGGGACAAUCUCGCACCUUCAUCGCAACACGACUCACAAGAUCUGCAUCAACAAAACCUCCCGCCUCCGAUAAGUCUGCGACGAUAUCGAGAGAUCCAAGCACUUCCUUCGCAUUUCUCCUCGCUGGAGCAGCUUCCUUCUACCUCGCCUACAGCUUCGCGCAACAACCUCCUACACGGUGCGACGCCAUUGCCCAUGACGAAAACGACCAUGAUCCUCGAGAUCCUUCUCUUCCUCGAUAUCGCAUCAACGAAGUGCGCAAGCACGAUGCUCAUUCUGAUCACCCCUGGGUCAUCCACCGCGACAAAGUCUACGAUAUAACUGAAUGGAUUGGCGCGCAUCCUGGCGGCGAUGUUAUUCUUCGCGCUGCUGGUGGCUCCAUUGAUCCCUACUGGGAUAUCUUUUCUAUACACAAAAAUGACUACGUUUACGAUAUUCUAAACCAGUACCUAAUUGGGUACGUCGAUCCGGCAGAUCUCGUCGACGGGCGACCGGCGCGAGAAGAGAUCGAGGAUCCCUUCUCGGAUGAUCCCGUUCGACAUCCGGACUUGAUUACAAUGACGCAGAAGCCCAGAAACGCAGAGACGCCAGCCUAUGCUAUGACGAACGAUUUCCUUACGCCUAAUGACCUUUUCUACGUGCGCAACCACAUGUGGGUGCCAUCAAUCGCCGAGGACCCAAACAACCACAAUCUCACAAUAGAACUUCCUGACGGAACCACAAAAGAAUACACCCUCGCUGACCUCAAGAACCGAUUCAAAUCCCACAAAGUCACAGCCUCUCUUCAAUGCUCUGGGAACCGCCGGCAACACAUGAAUGAGGAAUCAGGUCGCAAAACAAAUGGUCUUCCGUGGACUGCUGGAGCUAUCUCAAACGCCUGCUGGGAAGGCGUCUUACUCUCGGACGUACUGGCAGAUGCAGGCUUUGAUCUGCAUUCGGGCCUCACAGGAGAAUCCGAGGCAAAGCACGUUCAGUUCAACGGCCUAGAAGCUUACGGUUCAUCGAUUCCUAUCAAAAAGGCCAUCGAUCCCCAGGGCGACGUAAUACUCGCCUACAGAAUGAACGGCCAGACUCUCCCGCGCGAUCACGGGUUUCCUCUACGAGCUAUUGUUCCUGGACAUGUUGCCGCACGAUCUGUCAAAUGGUUGAACCAUGUCACGCUGAGUGACGAGGAGAGCACAUCUCAGUGGCAGCGACGCGACUACAAGUGUUUUGGACCGAACCAGACCAAAGUCGACUGGGAUUCAGCACCUGCCAUUCAAGAAUUACCUGUCCAAAGCGCCAUCACAAAGUGCAAACUUGGCGAUUGGACAGCCAAGGAUGACAAUUCUCACACCUAUACAAAGCCUGCUUCAUUGUCUGGCUACGCAUACUCCGGUGGAGGCCGCGCCAUCGUUCGCGUCGACAUAUCCUUCGACAACGGCAAAAGCUGGUCCCAAGCCUCCAUUCUUCCCGACUGUUCCACAAAAGAGGGUGAAGAAUCGCCUUGCUAUGGUCACGCAGCCUGGGCAUGGCGGAGAUGGAAGUUUGACGGUGCGGUCCCUUUGGAGGCGUUUGAACCCGCACCAUCAGGGAAGCGAUGUGCGACGUUCGUUGUGAAAGCUACAGACGAGGUGUACAACACACAACCGGACAGUCACGCAGCAACAUGGAAUAUUCGCGGUAAUCUUGCUACAGCGUGGCAUCGCGUGAAGGUCUGCGAUGAUGGCCCCACGGGGUCAGAAACAAAAGCGUAG